AUGUCGUUGGUGGAACAAGUUGCCGCCGACGCAAGGGCUGAGCUCAUAUACUCCCUAGCAAAUGUAGUUGGGUCAAUAGAACAGCUACAGAGUAGGGCAGCUGCAGCAACAGCUCGUGGAAAUGACGAAACAGCAGAUAUACAAGAUUUGAACAACCCGAAGACGACCGUACUCGAUACAAAAAUAAGACACGAUGGAACACAAUAUAUACAAAAAUUCGUAUCAGAGGGCAACGCCAUACAUCUCAACUGUACUAGAGAUGUACAAGAUCUUUUAAACCAUCUAUUCAAAGAAAAUGAACUCAUAAAGAUAGGAAUAACAUCAACAAGGAUAAUACAGACACAGACAACACGCAGACGUACACGAACAACAGAAACAACGGACGCUAAUCAGUCAUAUGAGCUAUAUUUGCUAAGACCAACGUUUGAAGAUGCUGCAUUGUUAAAAACUGCACUAUGCUACGACAGAAACGACUGUUUCGUUAUCUGCCUACCGGACAUAUCAGACAUGUUCCCUGAUAUGCUACAGGGGGUUCUGGGUAAAGGGUUCACAGUAUCAAGAGGGAUAACAAAACAAGCAGGAAACAGGGUUGUACAUCUAUACAGCUGUAAUGUACACAUGGCACCAGUGGAAUCAUGUGCACUAUCCAUGUUCCUACCACAAUCAUUCGAAGCAUUUUAUGCCCACAGUGACCCGGCAGCAUCAUGGUUCUUUGCACGAGCCUUAGAACAUUUGGAGAGCCGGAUAUUCGAUGGAGUAGUCCAUAGGGUAACAUGCCUCGGACAUUUGUCACGAUACUCUGGAGAAAUUCUCCUAAAAUCAAGGAGGGAUUGCGCCGCAGAAUUAAUCAUCACGGGAACCCAAAGGUCAUACGGAGCGUCGGAUAUGCCGUUCCUAACACGAGAAUUGAAAAAAAGAACACAAGGUGAAACUCAAGGAGCAGAAGAGUUCUCGAACUCAACUUCAACAACACAAACAACAGCUACGGGACGUGAUACUGGAAAUAUAGACCAUCGCAUGCGACUAAUGAGGCAAUCAAAUAUCGUAGAUGAGGCGGUACUAAUCGAUAGACGUGUUGACAUGGUCACACCCAUGUGUCUCAAUUUCACAUAUGAAGGGCUAAUCGAUAACCUCCUGGGAGUCGUACACGGGCAUGUACGUGUACCAUCAGGAGUCAUUGAGGGUUCCGCCGGAGCCGCAUCAGAUAUACUCGACCAGUAUCGUACCACCUUCUCGCAGAACACUAACUCAGAAAAUCGAGUACCAACCGUGGACAGUACUGUGUUGCCACUGAACUCAAUGCUAUAUCGAGAAUUACGAUGCUUGAACUAUAGCGAGGUGGGAAAACAUCUACACCAGCGAGCGUUACAGGUACACAAGGGCUAUGAACGAGGAGACCUUACGACACUAGAUGAAAUGGACGCUUUCGUAAAGAAAUUCAAAAGCUUGCAACAGGAACAUUCAGAACUAUCAGUACAUGUAAAUCUUAUGUCAUGGCUAUCUUCAAUCGCAAAUAGCGACUCAAGACAACUCUUGCAUCAGCUAGAAGAUUCAAUACUGCAGUCUACUACAGACGUCAAACUAGAGGAUUCAAAGCUAGCCUCGAUCACAGCUAAACUAUUUAACAAACCCUGUGAUCCAUGCGUUGCCCUAUUUCUCGAUCUCAUAUUCUGGAACGUAGAAGUCCAACAAAUAUAUAGGUUACUGGUUCUACUCAGCCAGACACGAGAUGGUGUCAAGUCAUCGGAUCUAAACAGCAUCAAACGAGCAAUUGUGGACCAGUAUGGAUUUGAUCAGUUACUAGUGCUACAAAAGGUAGAACAAAUGGGACUAUUACGCAUCAACGAUACACCAGAUGGUCUUAGGUGGUCAAGACUAUGCAAAAAACUCAACCUACUAGUAGACCGUGACACUGGCGCAGCGGAUUAUGCAUGGAUAUUCGGAGGAUAUGCCCCAAUAUCGAUAAGGCUGUUCCAACUCAUAGUACUAGCAAAUAACGUAUCGUCACUACAACAGGAAUUCAGAUUACUCAACUGCCCAGUGUCGGUACUGAGACAGAAAAAUGACCUUCCCAGUAACGCGCGAAACAAAGCUAGUGCAAAACUACUAGGGUUCCUGGGAGGAGUAACGCUAGGGGAGAUCGCAGCAGUGGCGUCAUUGAAUCAGAAGAGAGGUGAACAGACAAUACUGCUCACUACAAACGUAGUGAACAUGAGGUCAAUAUUUAAAGAUGGGAGUUGA